GCGCAUCGCCGACGAGAUUCAUGUGAUCUUGGGUAUUUUAGAUCAACAUUUGGAGGCAACAGUGCCAGCUCCUGUGCUGCAUCCAAAUGAAGUUCCGGGCCUUUCAGAGGACCUGCAGCUGCGGGCGCAGCAGGAAGGGGCGGGAGAACGUGCUCAUGUCUGGAGGACGUUUAGACCUGUCAAUUACUGCGAACAAGAGGUCUUCCGCAAGAAUGCUGCCUUCAAGUCUACUACUCUACUCUUUAAGACUCUAAGCUUACUAUUCUAAGCUAAUAAGUUCUAAUAAGCAAUAAAUCCAACAACCGAUUCGGUUCCUUUGAUCCGAUUCGUGAGUGGAAAGAAGUUUCUCUCCAAUUCUUUGAAGAACUCAGCACGAACCCGUUAUCCUGAAAAGGAUUGUCUAAAUAAAUACGAUCGAAUUGACAUAAGCAUUUUAAUACGCGAUGGCCUUCGAAUUUAUACAUUUAAUUAUGAAAGAAUUUGAGAACAUUCAGAACUUAAGUUGUACAUUUAAGGGCAUUUUUCCAGGUCGAGGCUGCAAGACGAGCCGCGGCAGAGGUGGCGUCUAACUUUCACAUCAGGAAAAUUCAAGUCGUUCUUUAGAGUCUGAAAUCGAUGGCCUCCAACCUAAUAGGAAUGGCCUCCUUUUUUCCUCUUGCUUGCGUCGAAGGCGUUCGCCUGUGACUCACGCCUGUGACAGUCGUGCAUUUACGAAUUUCAUUCGGUCCAUGGUAGUCGGGACCCAUUUCCGCCUCCAGGUAGGAGCAAGGACGCUACUAGGGGCUCCUGGCCUUACUACUAGGAACAAGAAGCUACUAGGAGCAGAGGGCAUCGCUACUAGUAACAGGUGCCUUACUAGUAGUAACAAGAAGCUACUAGAAACAAGUGCCACGCUACUAGUAACAGGUGCCCUCUGUGGGCCCUCAACAUUCGUUCAGAACUCUUGUGGGAGGGGGGUGUGCUCGACUGCUUCAUCUGUCUGGGACUGAAAAAGCUUAGAGAGAGCCAAAUAGUCCUCCA